AUGAGAUUAAGUCGUAGCGAACAAGAUUUGACCUUGACAGGCACUCGUCCACCAUCGGCAUGUUCUUCGAAUGGACCGAAUUCAGGCAGAAACUCUCGAAAAGGCUAUGUGAAAGUUGCCAAUACAUCAGUGGCAGAUGAACUCUUGUUUUCCUCCUCAGUGUCCAGAAUGAAACUGGAGGAUGCGUCCUUUGAUGCUCCAUGGGUGACAAAGAAGGACCAGCGACAAAUUCUGCUGUGGUCACCUGCUCCAUCAAGUAUGCGAACAACAAGGUCAACACCAGCAGGUGAUCAAAGGACAGAAUCCAGCCCAGUAGACAAGCCAGCAACGGGACUGGUUGUCACCAAGAAAACACCCAAAAUCAAAGACACAAUGUUAAAGACACGACACCCAUAUAGACUUGUCAAGAACACGCCUACCUUUGUUGAUGAAUGCUUGUUUGGCCCUCGCCUGGAGGAGCCAUCUUUUACGGCUCCAUGGAAUGUGAAAGUGAAACCAGUAGGUGCUCAAAGACCUGGGACGCCCAGCAGGGGCCCCAGGGGAGUAGUGGCUGGAAACGGCGUCACAAAAUUGGACUUUAGGUACAGACCAAGGUCUGCCAUGAGGUCCGCAUCUGAUAGUGACACUGGUGCUAAGCCAAUCUGGAAGCCUUGA